AUGAAGUGGACAAAGACACUGACAUCUUGCUUCACCUAUAGGAUAGGCAAAUCUUUGUACGUUCCGCUCACCAGUCGAUGCAAUAGUCGGACUCUACCGCUUACCCGGGGUCCCAACUUCUUGCUCCCACCGGAAGUCGUCGUCGCCCUAUGUCGCGUGCGGGAUGCUGAAGGAAACGCAUCUCAAUGGAAACACUGGUGCAUAUGGUUAGAAACACAAGAACGUAAACAAAAGCUACCGGAGCCAUCUGACGAUGCUUUUGUCGUGGAGCUUCCUUCAGACUUUUUAUCGGGACGCCCAACAGUAGAAGAACUUCUGAUGGAGAUACAGGAAAUUAACCUCUCCGAAUUUGAAUCCAUAGUGAUUGCGGGAGAAGGAGAACCCACACUGAGAUUCAACAUAUUAUCUAAAUUUGUACAGCACGUACAAGAACUGUGUGAUCUACCUGUUCGGCUUUCGACCAACGGCUUGCUUUCGUCAACCAGAGCAAAGGACUUAGUGGAAUGCGGUGUGGACUCGGUUAGCGUCGCACUCAUGACGAGCGACGCAGACCAGUACGAUAACCUGAUGAAUCCGCAGUUGCCUUCCGAAUGCUCGUCGAGGGCACAUCAAAUGCUGUGUGAUUUCGUGAUUGCCGCACAAAAAGCUGGGCUUCAGGUUGAACUUACGGCGAUCGAUCGGCCCGAAGUUGACCGUGAACAAACACAGGCGCUGUCAACACGAUUAGCUGGUGUGGAUGUUCGAUGGCGGUCAUACUUCCCGUAGAACACUUUUUAUCGUUAUUUGUAUUUUUAAAGACGACGUUGCCUUGCUGGAAUGUGACACAGAUGUUACGCUUCAGUUGCAUUGCAUUCUUUCUUCGCCACUGGCGCAAUUUCUGUAUCUAUUGUUGCCAUUGAAUUUUGGUUCGCACCCUGCACAAGCAUUUUUUCCGUGGUAACCCAAGUUUCUUCUUUUAUGAUUUUGUGCUUUUUCUGCAACUGCCCUACGCGACCUGGAUUCGACAGAUUCUCGUCCCUCACUGUCAGCUGUAGUCACCCCUGUCAUGGGUAGCAGUGGUAAAUGUAUGUCGUUAUCGUGUGGC